AUGAAAAUCAUCAAGCACUGUUCCCAGACCUUCCCGACCACCGCGACCGGUUCCCUCGUCGGCAUGGACGUUGAUGGUACCCUGGAGGUCACCAACACUUUCCCGUUCCCCGUUGUUGAGAUGCCCACCGAGUCGCACUUUGACAAUGCCGCUCCCAACCCGGCCGCCGCCGCUCCUCGCGCCAAGUCCAACGUUGCAUACCAGGCCGAGAUGGUGCGCAUGCUCCGCGAGGUCAAUGUCGAUGCCAACAACGCCGGUUGGUACACCAGCGCAAACAUGGGCAACUUUGUCAACAUGAACGUUAUCGAGAACCAGUUCUUCUACCAGAAGGAGUUGAACGAGCGGACGGUGGCUUUGGUUCACGAUGUUUCGCGCAGUGCUCAGGGUAGCUUGAGCCUGCGUGCGUUCCGUCUUUCUGCCAAGUUCAUGGAGGCUUUCAAGGACAACAAGUUCACCUCUGAAGAUUUGCAAAAGUCCACCCUCCGUCACCAAGAUAUUUUCGAGGAGCUGCCCGUUCAAAUUCACAACUCUCACCUGAUCACCUCCUAUAUCCACCAGUUGCAGGCCCCCGCUGCCUCUAGCCCCACCGAUCUCCCCGCCUCUCUCAGCGCUCUCGAGGCCGGCCCCUUCUCCAAGCACAACACCCUCACUCCUAACUUCGACAACCUGUCUCUGAAUGUUGACCCCUUCCUCGAGAAGAACUGCAACCUCCUGUUGGACAGCAUCGAGGCUCACAACACCGAGGUCAACAACUACCAGUACUACCAGCGUGUGCUCGGUCGUGAGCAGCAGAAGAUCAACAACUGGAAGCAGAAGCGCUCCCAAGAGAACGCCACCCGCGCCACGCUCAAGCAGCCUCUCCUCCCUGAGGAUGAGUGGCAGCGUCUGUUCAAGCUCCCUGCUGAGCCAAGCCGUCUGGAGAGCAUGCUCAACACUCGCCAGGUUGAGCAGUUCUCUCGCCAGGUCGACAGCUUUGUCUCCUCCACGACCGGCAAGAUGUUCGCUGUGAAGGGAAACUUGCUGCCUGGUGAGACUGCUUAA